GACACAGAGGCAUUGUACCAGUUAUGGAUUGCAGAAGGUAUAAUAUCAACAAAAGAUCAGAUUGGUGAAGAAUCAAUGAUGGAUGUAGCAGAAAGAUACCUGGGAGAAUUAGUAACACGGUGCAUGGUUCAAGGUAAAGCCCCUGAUGAUGAUGAUGUGAUGCUGUCCUCCGUUGGAAGAUCAUUCGCAUCGUGUCGCCUUCAUGACUUAAUGAGAGACCUAAGUUUGCUCAAGGCCAAAGAAGAGAAUUUCUUGUUAUCCAUAAGCUAUUAUCAUGAUGGAAUUCUCAAUGAGCAUGGCAAUAAUGAUCACUCACAAGUUUACCGUCUAGCUGUCCAUUUUUCUAAGGAGGGUGCAAGGAAAUAUUUCCCUCCAGCUGAGAAGAGAAAUACUAGGCACCUGAGGUCACUUGCCUUGUUGGUCUCAGGUAAUGAAGGUUAUGAAGGGCGUCUUACUAAGAAAAUGAAGUCUCAAUUCAAUCGGUUCAAAAUGCUCAGAGUGUUGGCCAUUGAAGGGCUCUGUCCUGCGUUGUCUGGAGAUCAAAUACUGAAAAGUGUACUUAUCUUAGUAGCAGAUCACUCGAGGCUCCCAACAGCUAUUGGGGAGCUGAUCCACCUGCGAUACUUGAGUUUGAGAAGUUCAGUUUUCCACUGUUUGCCAUCAUCCUUGGGCAACUUACAGAACUUGCAACACUUGAUUUACGGCAUGCCAGAGUGCUUAGAAUACCCAAUGUGCUGUGGAAGAUGAGACAGCUUAGGCACUUGUAUCUUCCGGAAAACUACAGGCAAGAUAUGGAAUUUCUGGGCAAGUUUAAGUUGAACUUGUUCUGCAGGAAAUUGCGAGUCAAGGGAUUGGACAAGCUUGAGAUCCUAGGAAACUUCUGUCCUCCGACUUGCUCAUCUCAAGACAUAUCCACGUUGAGGAACCUUCGAGUACUAUCGGCCGUGGUGUGGUUAGAUGACCUUGAUGAGGACUUUCCCACAGAAAUCCAUAGAUUAAUGUCAAACUCAGACCACGUGGGUUGCACAUCUCUACGUAUUUACUCUGACAAAGAUUCAGCAGCCACUGCCGCCUCAAUCAAGAAGAAAGUGUCGGAUGUUGUUGGUCAGUGUUUCUCUCGUCGCAAUCUUCAAGGCUUAGAGGUAAGUUGUCCCAUGGACAAUUUUCCACGGUACGAAGCCCAGUACAUGUAUGCAAGCCUUCUUAAAUUGAAGCUAUCCAGUCUCGAGAUAGAGGAUGAUCCCAUGGAGACACUGGAAAGGCUUCCUAAUCUGCGGUCACUUCACUUGCAAUAUAGAUCUUUUCUCGGCAAAGAAAUGAGGUGCAAGGCAACGGGUUUUGGCCAACUUAGAUAUCUUCGUUUUGAAGGUCUACAUAACUUAGAGAAGUGGAAUGUUGAUGAAGGAGCCAUGCCCAACCUUUCGGCCUUGACGAUUGUAUAUUGCCCAAAGCUGGAGAUGGUUCCGAAUGGAUUGAAAGUCGUUAAAACUCUGAAAGAGUUGAACAUUGUGCGGAUGCCAAAGAAAUUCACAGAUAGGAUCCAAGCAGCAAAUGGUCAUGAAGAUCAGGGACAGGAUUUUGACAAAGUCUCCCACAUACCCACCAUUAGUGUCCGUAAUGUUUCAUUGUAACUGAGCAUUGUUGAUCAGUUAGGAUCAAUUUGACGGGCAAGAUUUAUUCACUGCGGGAAUGUGAUACUACCAAACAUUUGCCAUUAAUUAUGUGUCUUGGUGUACGAUCAAUUUUUUUUUUUUUUCCGUCAAAAGUCGAGUCUCCAGUUACUAUACUUGGACUUGUAUUAAUUAUGUGUAUCAUAACCAUCAUUUUCACUCAGCUUAUAGUUUGCAGGUUUCUUGGUGUAAUUUGUCU